UCGCCGCUCGUCCUGAGGCUGCCGCUUUGCCUGCCUCCGUCGCGGCAUGGAGAAGCCCCGGGCGAGCCAGAACGGCUACUUGGAGGCGGGCGAGGCGGCGGCGGAGGCGCGGCGGCCCGGCCGGCGCCUCUGCCGGCCGCGGGCCUGCGGGCGCUUCCUGCGGCGGCACUGCCUGGUGCUGCUGACGGUGUCGGGCGUGCUGCUGGGGGUGGCGCUGGGCGCCGGGGCGCGGCGGCUGCGGCUGUCGCGGGCGCAGGUGGCCCGCCUGGCCUUCCCGGGGGAGCUGCUGUUGCGCAUGCUGAAGCUGGUCAUCCUGCCGCUGGUGGUCUGCAGCCUGGUCUCGGGCGCCGCCAGCCUGGACACGCGCUCGCUGGGCCGGCUGGGCGGCAUCGCCCUCGCCUACUUCGCGCUCACCACGCUGGGCGCCGCCGCCCUGGCCGUCGCCCUGGGCUUCAUCGUCAAGCCCGGCCUGGGCGCCGGCGCCCUCAACGCCAACGCCCUGCGCCUCGACGACGCCCUGCCCACCGCCAAGGAGACCGUCGACUCCUUCCUCGACCUGGCCAGAAACUUGUUUCCAUCGAACCUCGUUGUAGCAGCCUUUCGAUCGUAUGCCACAGACUAUAAAAUGAUAAUACGAAACACAACUGUUGGAAACAUUACCUUUGAAAAGAUCCCUGUUGGUACUGAAAUCGAAGGAAUGAACAUUCUGGGUCUAGUCCUGUUUGCUUUGUUUUUGGGAGUAGCCUUGAAGAAGCUUGGCCCUGAAGGAGAAGAGCUCAUUCGUUUCUUUAAUUCAUUCAACGAGGCAACCAUGGUUUUAGUAUCUUGGAUUAUGUGGUAUGUGCCUCUGGGCAUUAUGUUCCUUGUCGGAAGCAAGAUUGUAGAAAUGGAAGAUGUCGUCUUGCUAGUGACAAGUCUUGGAAAAUACAUCUUUGCAUCGAUUCUGGGCCACAUCAUCCACGGCGGAAUCAUUUUACCCCUUAUUUAUUUUGCAUUCACACGCAAAAACCCUUUCUCUUUUCUGUUGGGGCUUAUUACACCACUUACGACAGCCUUUGCUACUUGUUCCAGCUCUGCCACUCUUCCAUCUAUGAUCAAGUGCAUUGAAGAAAACAACGGAGUCGACAAGAGAAUUAGCAGAUUUAUCUUGCCUAUUGGGGCUACUGUGAACAUGGAUGGAGCGGCUAUUUUUCAGUGUAUGGCUGCGGUAUUUAUUGCUCAGCUGAAUAACUUUGACCUUGAUGCUGGACAGAUCUUUACCAUUCUUGUGACUGCCACGGCGUCCAGUGUCGGAGCGGCUGGGAUCCCAGCUGGAGGAGUUCUAACCAUUGCUAUUAUUUUGGAGGCCAUUGGACUUCCCACCAAUGACAUCUCCCUCAUUUUGGCUGUGGACUGGAUUGUGGACCGGACCACCACUGUUGUGAAUGUAGAAGGAGAUGCCUUUGGAGCCGGAAUCCUUCACCACCUGAAUCAAAAAGAAAUGAAGGAGAAAGAGCCAGAACUGAGUGAAGUUUAUGUCGAAGCCGUUCCAAACUGUAAGGCUGAAGCAGAAACCUCACCGCUGGUAAUGCACAAGGACCAAGCUCUUGCCACCUCUUCGCCUAGUUCUACGGAUCUAGAAUCGAAAGAAUCAGUCCUCUGAAGGAGGAGGCUUGGGGGGAGCGCACGGGGGGGGGGGGGUUCCUCCUGUGCUGAUGCUGCAUUUAAGAGGCGACGUCUUCAACCCUAAACGGACAGAGCUGCCAUACGGGGUUAAGCGGAUGUGUCUCUCCGUUUCGGUGGUAUGGAAUGCAACAGUAGCCAGCCACAGACUGUUGAGUGUGUGUGUGUGUGUGUGUGUAUUUGAUGGCAGACCCUUUUUUGCUAGUGAAACUGUGAGGCUUCGUAUUUAUGCACGUGUAUGAAAUACACAUAUGAAUGCAAGUGAUUUCAGCAAGGCCACUUCUUUGGUUUGAAAAAUAAUACUGGCGAUCUACUUUGCAAGGUGGAUUUUAAGAAGUCAGAAGGUGCAGGCGAGGAGGCCCUCUUGUGCUAAUACAGCUCGGGCUAAUGAAGUUUGAUCUCAGUUAUUGUAUCAAGCCUGAGAGGAGUUAGCCGUGUUCGUCUGCAGUAGCAAAAUAGAAAAGAGUCCAGUAGCACCUUUAAGACUAACCAACUUUACUGUA